UUCGUCUCUCUCCGAUCUGGUGUGAGGACGUCACGGGCUCGUCGAAUCGCUGCUUGGAGAACGCACCGCCUCUCGUGGUAAUCGCCGUGGAGAGUCGCCGACGCUCGGGUCUGACUUCGCGUGGGUUCGCCGGAGGGUUCUGCACCGCCGCGAGGUGAUGCCGCCGACUUCCUAUACAUCGCGCCACCGUCAGUAGUUUACCGUGUUCGAUCGUCGUUAGCUAUUCUUCAACUUGGUGCUGAAUUGUUUACGACCAGGAAGGCUUUGUAAUCUUCUAGCGCAGUUUAGAAAAUGGCUACUUUGGCUGAUUCUUUCCUAGCAGAUCUUGAUGAACUCUCUGAUGAAGACAAUUUUCUGGAUGAAGAAGAUGUCGAUGCUGAAAAUAUGGAAGAGGAUAUUGAUGGGGACCUUGCCGACCUAGAAAGCCUUAAUUAUGAUGAUCUGGAUAGUGUAUCAAAAUUGCAGAAAACGCAGAGAUACAAUGAUAUAAUGCAGAAAGUGGAAGGUGCAUUGCAGAAGGAUUCUAACAUCUCCAAUCAAGGAUUAGUCUUGGAAGAUGAUCCUGAGUACCAACUGAUUGUGGAGUGCAACUCUCUGUCAGUGGAUAUUGAGAAUGAAAUUAUUAUUAUUCACAAUUUUAUACGUGAUAAAUAUCGAUUGAAAUUUCCAGAGCUUGAAUCACUUGUGCACCACCCAAUCGAUUAUGCUCGAGUUGUUAAAAAGAUUGGGAACGAAAUGGAUUUGACUCUUGUUGAUCUAGAAGGCCUUUUACCCUCUGCUGUCAUUAUGGUUGUCUCAGUUACUGCAUCCACCACAAGUGGCAAGCCGCUUCCAGAAGAAAUUCUCCAGAAAACAAUUGAUGCAUGUGACCGAGCUCUUGCUUUAGAUUCAGCAAAGAAAAAGGUCCUUAAUUUUGUUGAAAGUAGAAUGGGAUAUAUUGCACCAAAUCUUUCAGCCAUAGUUGGAAGUGCUGUUGCAGCAAAGCUAAUGGGAACUGCUGGUGGUCUUGCUGCUUUAGCUAAGAUGCCUGCUUGCAAUGUUCAGCUUCUUGGUGCAAAGAAAAAAAAUCUUGCUGGGUUUUCCACAGCGACCUCACAGUUUCGGGUAGGUUAUAUUGAGCAAACAGAGAUAUUCCAAUCAACACCUCCUCCUUUGAAGAUGCGUGCUUGUCGACUCAUAGCUGCAAAAUCAACACUUGCAGCACGUGUUGACUCUACCAGGGGGGAUCCUACUGGGAAGACUGGAAGAGUUUUCAAAGACGAGAUCCUUAAGAAAAUUGAGAAGUGGCAAGAACCUCCACCUGCAAAACAACCAAAACCUCUUCCAGUCCCUGAUUCAGAACCCAAAAAGAAGAGAGGUGGGCGUCGACUAAGGAAGAUGAAGGAAAGAUAUGCAACAACAGAGAUGAGGAAGCUAGCCAACAGAAUGCAGUUUGGGGUGCCUGAAGAGAGUUCUUUAGGAGAUGGAUUAGGGGAAGGGUAUGGAAUGCUUGGGCAGGCUGGGAGUGGCAAGCUGCGUGUGUCAGCUGCUCAAAGCAAGCUUGCCGCUAAAGUUGUUAAGAAGUUCAAGGAAAAACGUUAUGGUAGCAGUGGUGCUACAUCCGGGCUGACAUCAAGUUUAGCAUUUACACCUGUACAAGGGAUUGAACUGUCGAAUCCUCAGGCUCAUUUGAACCAGCUAGGCAGUGGAACUCAGAGCACCUACUUUUCCGAAACAGGAACAUUUUCAAAGAUCAGGAAAAACUGAGUCAUUAGACAUUAGACAAUCAAAUGUCCUUUUUCGUGCUCUUGCUGUAAGCAUACAUGGAUAUAUACGUUUAUGACGACACAUUGUAAUUCAGUCUUAAGAGAGAGCCACAGGAAUUUAUGUUUCUAUAACACGAAGGUUUUUCUCCUUCCAAUAGUUUGAUCAUGCUCAUGUUUUUUGGGACAGC